AUGGCUCGCUCAAAGUCGAAGACCGCCUCUCGCGCAGAAGACGAUGUUCGAAGUUCCAGUGCAUCGCGUACAGUGUCCAAGAAGAACAAGGGCGCCGCUGGCUUCGCUACGGUGUCUGGCUUUCGUGUCUUGCGCCUAGGAUCUCAAGUGCUGUAUAUCAGAAUCCAUCAAGAGAAGGAUCGUGUCGAAGCGACGACAAGUCAGACACGAACGUUGUUCGUGGUCAAUCUACCUACGGAUACAACUGACCGACACGUCCGGGCUAUCUUUGCAAAAGCCGGGCCCAUCGAAGUUGUGCAAUUCUGGGAUCAGCGUCCCGGCUCUGUCAGCGAGGACGAAGAAGGGAUGGACGUUGGAGGUCCAAGUCAAGAAUUUCAGGAGCAAGCUGGCAGUUUGACAAGCGUAGCGACGUCAUCGGAUGCCGGGAAGCGUAAAGGUGGCAAAAAAUCAUCUGGGCCUCCAGCAAUCGUACCCCUGCCGCCCUCAGACCCUCGACAUCCGCACCGCUUGCACAGGACAUCUGUAUCAGCACAUGUCACUUUUCUCGACGCUUCUUGCGCGCAACGCGCUCUCAGCUUGCCAGACAGCACGGCAUGGCCAGAUGCUUGGGCAGAUAUUCGCAAUGCGCAAAACGCAGCAGCACUGGCUGCGAUGGAUGAUUCGCACCCACAUGGCCAGAAAAAGCGGCCAGGAAGUGCCGGUCAGGCAGCGCUUGAAGCGGGACAGAGCGUGCCUCCUUUGGGUCUAGAGUACUUCAUCUCGCGACACAGGGCCCAGAGGCCUACUCCCGAUGCAAUCACAAAGCACGUCGAUAGUGUCAUCGCCCACUAUACUUGGGUCAAGGAGCACCCGCAGGCCAAAGGCAAGGGAGGCGUGCCUGUAGCUAGCUACGGACCGGACGGAGAGAUGCUUGAUGAGGAUGGCUUCACCAUUGUUCAGAGAGGCGGACGCUUCGGCCGUACUGCGGAAGGAGGUGCGGACGCUUCAGGAUUCAAGAGUGGACCAGCUGCCAGAGGCUCGACUGUACGCGUCGCUAGUAAGUUCAUGACGCAGCAGGAAAAUGGAGCAAGUGGAUCGGGAAAGAAGAAGUCGAAAGAAUUGGAGAAUUUCUACCGCUUUCAAAUUAGGGAGAAGAAGCGCGAACAGCUAGCCUCACUCAGAGAACAAUUUGAGAAGGACAAACUAAAGGUUGAGAAGCUCAAGAAAUCCAGACGAUUCAAUCCUUACUGA